AUGGCCUGCUGUGGAAUGCAUUUCUACACAUGCAUCCCCAGCGAUGAUAUACUUCUCCCGCCAGGGUAUAGAGCCGCAAGCGGAAGAAGACUCCUGCUAGGACCAGGCGCAUCGACAAUUUCGUGCGAGUCGUGUCGGCAGGAACCCGUCAAUCAGGAGCUUUACGGAACAAACCUGAGAAUUACGGGUAUAGCCAAUACAGAGAUUAACCAAGCCUUACAAGCAUCGAUUUGGGCAGAGCGUUGGGGUCUGACGCUGGCUGAGGGCCCGAGCAGGCGUACCGGUGGCAGCAUCUGCUUGCCUUUGCAAUUCGCAUCGGCAAUUAUGACCGUUCUUUGGAGCAGGUCAACGGGGGAGCGAUUACGAACGGAUUGGGAUGCUGGAGUAUUGGAAAACAGAAGCAGCAACAGACUCGCAGAUGCUAUUGGAAUUCGAUCGUCUAGUCCCACCGUCCUUGUACGUGCAGGCGCCGAGUUGGGCAUGGAUGAUCAGAUGGAAGAAACGUGGAAGAAUCGAAGCCUUGGCGUGACAGUCGCUGACGUGCGCUUCCGUUCUGCGGGCUGCGCAAAGCAUUGCAUGUUGAGGUCGAGGGCGAGGCUCGAGAUUAGAGCACAGAGUGGACAGAGACACGGUCGAGCAGUGCACAUGGGUAGCAGUGGUUCGGGAGGCGAGGACGCAGCAGGCAGAGACACACAGACAGCGGGAAGCGCAACUGCCAACGUGUCUGAUGAAAAGCAACGGGCGUCAUGGGCGGAUGCGAGAUUAAUAGGUAGCGAGCAGCUACCGUAG